AGGGAAUAAAAGAGAGAAAGGAAAAGAGUUUGAAGGAGAAAAGUGUUAAGAAACUUGGAAGCGAAACCUCCGAGGAGUGGACUGAGCUUUGAUUCAAGAAAUCGGACAGGCAGCAGUAAAACUCUGAACUAGUUCUUCUGCCCCAAAGUCCGGAGAGGACAGGAGAGAGUGUGAGCAGCUGAAGUGAGAAGAUAAACUAUCCUAUCCUCCUGUCCUCAAACAACUGUUUGUCAAGGAUCUUGAGGAGCAAGUUUGAUAAAUCUCAGAGAAGAGCAGCCAUGGCUUGUAAGAGCAGCAAACAAGGCACAUUAGCUCAAAUGAAGCAGCCAUCUGGCAAACGUACCCUUGAUAUCGCCAUCGUAGGGGACUCAGGUGUCGGCAAAUCAUCCCUGGUCAAUGCCCUGCGAAAUAUGGCAGAUGAUGAGCUUGGUGCAGCUGCGGUCGAUGUGAUAAAAGGUACUAGGGAACCAAUGGGGUACUUUUACCCCCAAUAUCCAGAUGUAACCCUUUGGGAUCUACCAGGGAUUCAACCACCUCUGUUUCCGGCAGAGAGAUACAUAAAGGAUAUGGAUUUUAAAAAGUAUGAUUUCUUCAUCCUUGUUGGUGAAAGAAGAUUGACUGAUGAUGCCAUCGUGCUGGCCCGCAAAAUUCAGAAAACAAACAAGGGUUUUUUCUAUGUGUGCACCAAAGUGGAUGUUAUUAUAUUUGCUGAAAGCAGGAAACCAAGCUUCAAUGAGGAGAAAACCCUUGAGCAAAUAAGGAAAGAUUGCUGUGAAUGUCUGACAAAGGCCGGGGAGUCACCUCCAAGGGUUUUUCUCAUCUCAAGGUGGGAUUUGAGCAUGUACGAUUUCCCCCUCCUGCAGAGGACUCUGCAAGAUGAAUGUAUUGAUCUCCAGAGGCGUGCCUUACUACCACCCCAGGACCCAGGAAGGAAGAUACACAAUAAACCUGAUGAAUGCCCCCGAGGAGCAGCUAUGGGUGCCAACAGCUCACAAUCAGACACAUCAACUCAAAGAGAACACCCACCAGGCAAAAGCAGCCUUGAUGUUGCCAUCACGGGGCCAGGUGUCGGCAAAUCAUCCCUGGUCAAUGCCCUGUGCAAUAUGGCAGACAAUGAGGAGGAUGCCGCCAUGGUUGAUAUGAUACAAGGUACUAAGGAACUCAAAGGGUACCUGUGCCCCAGCUAUCCCGACGUAACUCUCUGGGAUCUGCCAGCAAUCGGAACACAUGAGUUUGAAGCAGAGAAAUAUGUAAAAGAGAUUGAUUUCAACAAAUAUGAUUUCUUCAUCAUUGUUAGUGAAAUAAGCUUCACCGAGCAUGAUGCCAUGCUGGCUCGUGAAAUUUGGAAAAGAAAGAAGAGGUUUCUCUAUGUGCGCACCAAAGUGGAUGUCAGUAUAACUGACGAAAGAAGAAACCCACACUUCACGGAGGACAAAACCCUUAAGGAAAUAAGGAACUAUUACUGUGAAAAUCUGGCAAAGGCUGGGGAGUCGUCUCCAAGGGUUUUUCUGAUCUCAAAUUGGGAUUUGAGCAUGUAUGAUUUCCCCCUUCUGCAAAGGACCCUGCAAGAUGAAUUUAUUGAUCUCAAGAGAUCAAGUGAUUCAUCUAGAAGAGCCUCGUGGCAUGACUUCAAAAAAAAUUUUCUUGCUGACUUGGAAAAUAUGAAGGCAGUUUUAGUACAAGGACAUCUCCCAGAUGUGGUAGCCCAGAUUCGGCAAGAGUUAGAUUUGCUAAGCAAUGCCACACUUGACAUUGCCAUCACAGGGCAUACAGGUGCUGGCAAGUCUUCUCUUGUCAAUGCCUUGCGGGGUAUGUCAGAUUUUGGAGAGGGCUCAGCUAAGACGGGGCUGAAACAGACAACCAUGUUUGCGACAAAAUAUCAGCACCCAAAGUUCCCCAAGGUGACACUAUGGGAUCUACCAGGAAUUGGAACAGAUGAUUUCAAAGCAGAUGAGUAUCUGGAGAAGGUAGAUUUUAGCAAAUACGAUUUCUUUAUCAUUGCUUCAGAACGUUUUACAGAGAGUGACACCCAGCUGGCUCGUGAGAUUCAGAAAAUGAAAAAGAAGUUUUACUAUGUGCACCCUAAAAUUAAUCUUAGCAUGGAUGCUGAAAGAAGGAGACCCACCUUCAAUGAAAUGGAGACACUUGAGGACUUAAGGCAAUAUUAUUGUGAUAAACUGAGAAAACUGGGAGAGGCUUCUCCAAAGGUUUUUUUGAUAUCAAAUUGGGAUUUGAGCAUGUAUGAUUUCCCCAUUCUGCAAGAAACCUUGCAGAAUGAACUGGAUCAUCUCAAAAGACACGCCCUCCUUCUCUCAAUGCCAACUUUCUCAAGAGAUAUCCUGGAGAAGAAGAAAUCUGAGAUGAGGAAACUUAUAUGGAAGCAGGCCCUUGUGUCUUCCUAUUUUGGCUGUGUGACUCGGUUAGCUCUCAAAUUACCUUGGCAUAUUUUCUUCUUGGUGAAAACACUCAAAAAGUUCUGCAUGUCUUUUGGGUUGGAUGAAGAGUCCCUGUGCAGUCUUGCAAACCGGGUUGGUAAACCUCUAAGUGAGCUGAAAUCAGUGAUUAAGAAGUCUCCACUGGCUAAUGAGAUCAGCGAAGAAUUUGUACUUGAUCUCUUGGCCAAGUCAGGGCAGUGUAAAGCACCAACAGUGCUAGGACAGAUUGUUGAGUUCAUACCUGUGUUGGGCAAUUUAGUCAGUGGAACUAUUUCUUUCCAAACCAUCUACCACAUGCUGCAAUGCUUUCUGCAAGAUGUUGAGGAAGAUGCAGAGAAUGUUCGUGCAAAAGCCUCUGAGCGCUGAAAGUCCCAAAUAAAGACCAGACACCUAUCUGCUCGUGUUUAGAGAUCUGCUAGUAACAUGGAAUCCGCAAAAUCAAUGUUUUGGGGGUUUUGGGGGGAGGAAAUGGUUUUGCAAGUAAAAUUCUUUAUAUGCUU